AAAGUGCUUCCUGUGCCCGUGGGGGUGGGGAGCGGGAAGUCCCGCCUGCUGGAGCCGGCCGGGCGGCGGCGGCGACGGCGGCGGUGGGAACGCGACCCGGCGUUCUGUGGCCCCCCCCGCCCGCCUCCUCGCGUCCUGUCCCGGCUGGUGGUGACGGGCCACAGCUGCAGCGCCCCCGGGGCGUGGGGUCUGGAUUUUUUGUAACAUCUUAAACAUGAGUCCCACACAAUGGGACUUACCUGUGGAAUUAUGCUGUCGACCCAUGGCUUUUGUUACUCUUACGGGCCUCGAUGUAGUUUAUAAUGCUGUCCAUCGAGCUGUCUGGGAUGCUUUCUGUGCCAAUCGGAGAGCUGAUCGGGUACCAAUUUCUUUCAAGGUACUCCCAGGUGACCAUGAGUAUCCCAAAUGUAGACCCAAGAGAACUUCCUAUGAAUGGUACAUUCCUAAAGGAAUAUUAAAGACUGGUUGGAUGAAUAAGCAUCUGAAUCUGGUACCAGCUCUGGUGGUUGUGUUCUAUGAACUGGACUGGGAUGAACCUCAGUGGAAAGAAAAGCAGUCUGAGUGUGCUACUAGAGUGGAAAUAGUCAGGCAAAGUUUACAAGGAAGAAACACAAAAGUUGCAGUGGUUCUGAUUCAGAAGAAAACUCCUUUGCCUCCAGGAGAAGAUGUCAUUGCUUCAGAAAGGGCUGCAGCUUUAUGUAAUGCAUGUGAACUCUCAGGAAAGUCUUUGUUUGUACUGCCCCACACUGACCACCUUGUGGGUUAUAUUAUAAGAUUAGAAAAUGCCUUUUAUGAACAUGCACAGACUUAUUAUUACACAGAGAUCAGAAGAGUGAAAUCUCAUAAAGAAUUUUUGAAUAAAACAACACAUCAGCUCUUAUUUGUUAGACAUCAGUUUAAAAUAGCUUUCUUCAGUGAGUUGAAACAAGAUACACAAAAUGCUCUGAAGAAUUAUAGGACUGCCUAUAAUCUUGUGCAUGAAUUGAGAGCCCAUGAAACUAAUAUUCUGGAAAUUAAAACUAUGGCAGGAUUUAUAAACUACAAGAUCUGUAGGCUGUGUUUUCAACACAAUACACCGUUGGAUGCAAUUGCUCAGUUCCGAAAACACAUUGACUUGUGUAAGAAAAAAAUUGGAAGUGCGGAGUUGUCUUUUGAGCAUGCUGCUUGGAUGUCUAAACAGUUCCAGGCCUUUGGAGAUUUAUUUGAUGAAGCUAUUAAGUUAGGGUUAACAGCUAUUCAAACUCAGAACCCUGGUUUCUAUUAUCAGCAGGCAGCAUACUAUGCCCAGGAGAGGAAACAACUUGCAAAAACUCUCUGUAACCAUGAAGCUUCUGUAAUGUAUCCCAAUCCUGAUCCCUUAGAAACACAAACAGGCGUUCUUGACUUUUAUGGACAAAGAUCAUGGCGACAAGGAAUACUAAGUUUCGAUCUUUCUGAUCCUGAAAAAGAGAAGGCAGGAAUUCUUGCCAUUCAGCUAAGGGAGAGAAAUGUUGCUCACUCUGAAAUAAUAAUAACUCUUCUGAGUAAUGCUGUUGCACAAUUUAAGAAGUAUAAGUGUCCAAGAAUGAAAAGUCAUCUAAUGGUUCAGAUGGGAGAAGAAUAUUAUUAUGCAAAGGAUUAUACCAAAGCUUUAAAGUUGCUGGAUUAUGUGAUGUGUGAUUAUCGUAGUGAAGGAUGGUGGACUCUGCUCACCUCUAUACUGACUACAGCUCUGAAGUGUUCCUACCUCAUGGCCCAGUUAAAGGAUUAUAUUACUUAUUCCCUAGAACUCCUUGGGAGAGCUUCAACUCUGAAAGAUGAUCAGAAAUCUCGAAUAGAAAAGAACCUUAUAAAUGUUUUAAUGAAUGAAAGUCCUGAUCCAGAACCCGACUGUGAUAUCUUAGCUGUGAAAACUGCUCAGAAGCUGUGGGCAGACCGAGUUUCUCUGGCUGGCACCAAUAUUUUCACAAUAGGAGUACAGGACUUUGUACCAUUUGUGCAAUGCAAAGCCAAGUUUCACGCCCCAAGUUUUCAUGUUGAUGUUCCUGUUCAGUUUGAUAUUUAUCUGAAGGCUGAUUGUCCACACCCCAUUAGGUUUUCCAAGCUCUGUGUCAGCUUUAAUAAUCAGGAAUACAACCAGUUCUGUGUAAUAGAAGAGGCAUCCAAAGCAAGUGAAGUUUUAGAAAAUUUGACCCAAGGAAAGAUGUGCUUAGUUCCUGGCAAAACAAGAAAAUUGUUAUUUAAGUUUGUUGCAAAAACUGAAGAUGUGGGAAAGAAAAUUGAGAUUACUUCGGUGGAUCUUGCUCUGGGCAAUGAGACUGGAAGAUGUGUGGUUUUAAACUGGCAGGGAGGAGGAGGUGAUGCUGCUUCCUCCCAAGAAGCCUUGCAGGCUGCACGGUCUUUCAAAAGAAGACCCAAGCUACCCAACAAUGAGGUUCACUGGGACAGCAUAACAAUUCAAGCAAGCACGAUGAUCAUCUCCAGAGUUCCAAACAUCUCUGUACAUCUGCGACAUGAGCCUCCUGCCCUGACUAAUGAAAUGUAUUGUUUGACUGUGACGGUACAGUCCCAUGAAAAGACCCAGAUCAGAGAUGUGAAACUCACUGCUGGUUUAAAACCAGGCCAGGAUGCCAAUUUAACUCAGAAAACUCACGUGACCCUUCACGGAACAGAACUAUGUGAUGAGUCCUACCCGGCUUUGCUUCCUGACGUUCCUCUGGGAGACUUACAUCCUGGGGAGCAGCUGGAAAAAAUGUUAUAUAUUCGCUGUGGAACAGUGGGUUCCAGAAUGUUUCUCGUAUAUGUUUCCUACCUGAUCAAUACAACUGUUGAAGAAAAAGAGAUUGUUUGCAAGUGUCACAAG